UUAUCGUAGACAGUUUGUUUCUCUGUCUACUACUAUUAUUGACAAAUGUAAAUUUUUAGACUUCUGAAAUAAAAAUACUUGUCUUUUACAAAUAUAAUUGAUAUUAACAAUCGUGAAAUUUAUAAAAAAAAAUAAGAGAAUUAUUAAUUUCGUAUUAAAUGGAGUUUAAAAUGAUAUCCGUGCUUUUGUGGUAAAUAAGCCUAAAAAUGGCCACAGUGAUUUUUUUAAACAAAACUUAGUUUUAAAUAUAAUGUGAUCUACUCUUUCAAAAAACAUGGGGUUGAUCCAACUCGUAUAUUUGUUUUUAAUUGGUUAUUCAAACUAUGCAUUCGUAUUUUGUCUCGAUAAUGAUACUAAGUGUAAUGCAACAUCUACAGUAGGUGUACAAUAUGAAUUUACUACUGAGAUAGUCAACAGUGAACAUAUAAUAACAUUCAAAGGCUAUUAUUACAAAUACACUAGGGAAAAUUAUGUGAAAUCUGCUUUAAAAAAUGCUGGUAUUUCAAAUUGGACCAUACUUCAACGCAAUAAUGCCGCUAAAGAAUACCCAAGUGACUUUGAUGUUAUUGUCUUUGGAGAUGACUUGAAGGAUGGCAUUGAAGCGCUCCGUGAUCACCCCGCUGUCAUUCGCGUCACAGCUCAGCGUCAAGUCCUUCGCACAAUUAAAUUUGUUAAUGAGGACGCUUGCGGUCCAGGCGGAUGUCUCUAUUCUGGAUGGAGGAAUCCUAAACGUCGAUCUCGUGGUCUCCAUUCGCUCAGGAAGCUCCGAGAGAAUGAUGGCUACUCGUCUAGAAAGUUACUAAGGACGGUUCCGCGGCAGAUAACAUCGGUCCUAAAGGCAGACCUGCUGUGGUCGCUGGGGGUAACGGGCGAGGGAAUCAAAGUAGCGGUAUUCGAUACGGGGCUGUCUCGUCAUCACCCGCACUUCGGCCGGGUUCGGGAACGAACGGACUGGACCGGCGAAAAUACCCUGGACGAUGCCCUGGGUCAUGGAACAUUCGUAGCAGGAGUCAUUGCCUCCAGGGCCGACUGUCUUGGCUUCGCGCCGGACGCUGAUUUACAUAUAUUCCGUGUAUUCACCGACAACCAGGUGUCUUAUACGUCGUGGUUCCUCGACGCCUUCAAUUACGCAAUAUUGAAAAAAAUUGACAUUCUCAACUUAAGUAUCGGGGGACCCGACUUCAUGGAUCACCCUUUUGUCGAUAAAGUUUGGGAGCUGAGCGCUAAUAAGGUGAUAAUGGUGUCAGCGAUAGGCAACGACGGCCCACUGUACGGAACCCUAAACAACCCAGCGGACCAAAUGGACGUCAUUGGUGUCGGCGGCAUCGGGUUUGACGAUCGCAUCGCGAAGUUCUCCUCCAGAGGGAUGACUACUUGGGAACUGCCGGAAGGCUACGGACGUAUGAAGCCUGAUAUUGUUACAUAUGGAAGCGGCGUGCAAGGGUCGAAUGUGAAUGGCGGUUGUAAAUCGCUCAGUGGAACAUCUGUAGCAUCCCCAGUGGUUGCUGGAGCGAUAGCUUUACUCGCGAGCGGCGUACCUCGCCAGAAUCUGUCGCCUGCGUCGGUGAAACAAGCGCUUUGUAUAACCGCCAGGAGACUGCCCGGGCCGAAUAUGUUCGAACAGGGCCACGGAAAACUCGACCUCAUCAGUGCUUAUCAGUUCCUCCGUGAAUACGAACCCCAGGCCAGCCUAAGUCCCCCGUACAUAGAUCUGACGGAGUGCCAGUACAUGUGGCCAUACUGCACCCAGCCGCUGUAUUAUAGCGCGCAGCCCACCAUUGCGAACGUUACCGUCAUCAACGGACUGGGUGUGUCGGGCAAAGUGACAAAUGUAGGUUGGCAUCCCCAUCUGCCGCACGGAGUAAUAUUAUCAGUGUCAGUGGAUUACAUCGACGUACUUUGGCCAUGGUCUGGUUGGUUAGCUAUUAGUUUCUCGGUCCUGGAGAGUGGUGCUAACUUUGACGGCAUCGUUGAAGGCCAUGUUAACGUCACGAUCGAGAGCUUUGAUGUUGUCGUCGAUUUCGUCAUGAAGAAUACGACUCUCAUGCUUCCUAUUCGGGCCCGUGUUAUUCCCGUCCCGGUACGCGGUCGACGUCUGCUAUGGGACCAGUUCCAUAGCCUCCGGUAUCCAGGCGGGUACUUUCCCCGCGACGACCUUCGCGCUAAACACGACCCGCUCGACUGGCAUGCUGACCACGUGCACACUAACUUCCGCGACAUGUACCGUCGGCUGCGGGAACAUGGAUUCUAUCUGGAAGUCAUGGGAAGUCCAUUAACAUGUAUUGACACGUCGUUGUACGGCGCACUCCUGCUCGUGGACCCGGAAGACGAAUACUUCCCCGAAGAAAUGGCGGCACUCAAGAAAGCCGUAGACUCUGGUCUCUCGCUAAUAGUGUUCGCCGAUUGGUACAAUGCAUCUUUACUGCGUCACGUUAAAUUCUACGAUGAAAAUACGAGGCAGUGGUGGAUACCGGAAACCGGUGGAGCUAAUGUUCCGGCCUUGAAUGAUCUACUCAGCAUGUUCCAGGUUGCUCUAGGAGAUCGAGUGUUCGAAGGGACAUAUAAGCUUGCCGGUCACCCGAUGUACUACGCAAGUGGGACGCACAUACACAGCUUCCCCGAACACGGUAUUCUAGUAACGGCUAAAUUGUCAGACCAAGGCCAACAAAUAAUGUCAGGCGAGAAGACGAACGGAGCGAGCGACCCGUCGGGAGGCGGAAAUAAAAUAGACGUGCCGAUACUAGGGUUGUUGCAAAUAGAAAGUGAAUCACGUGACUACACCAACGACACUAACAACAAGCUACCUAAGGCUGGCAGGCUAGUAGUGUACGGUGACUCUUCGUGCCUGGAGGGUGGUGUGACUCGGCCGUGCCAUUGGCUCAUGCUAGCUGCUUUACAAUACGCAUUAGUGGGACACGUACCUACCUCGCUCAGAGAGGCGGCCGCUACCAGCCAUCACCGCGACGUACACAUCAUACCAUCAGAACUGCCGAAACGUGCGGAAGGAGGACGUUUGCAUGCAUAUUCAAGAGUCCUCUCGCCAGACGGCAGUGGACCUCGGCCCCUGCCCGAAUGCGUUUCUCUUCCACUAAUGGAUCCCGAGCCUGUCCAUGCUCCACCGUCAUCCAGGACAUUGGCCCCCAGGCAUCAACCUACUGAUCCAAAGAGCAUUGGUGCUGUAGACGUGGAAGGGACGGAGCCAGCGCCACGUGCUUGGCGAGGCGCUGGAGCGGCAACGUCGCGGUAUCACUCCGACAACCUCGAUGACGUCCAUUCAAUCUUCGCCAGCCGAAUGCUAAAACUAUGCACCAUUGCCGUUAUCAUAUACUGUCUACAUGUCUUCUUCAAAAGUUGCGGACGAAAAUUAAGAAGGCGAAAAUUGAUUUCUUUAGCGACAUAAAUUAAUACGUCGCCUAAGCCAAUCCGAAUGGAAUUCGAGGAUGGAGAAAGAGAAACGCUCGACUAGGCGUAGCGCGUAACUAGGCAUAGUGUCUAACUAAGCGAUACGUCUACAGAGGCGUGAUAGAUACGCAGAUAGGAAGGUGCAUAAGUAUCGCCUGUUCUGCACAUUAAAGACUGAACGCUUUACGGCAUUUUCGUUACAGUACCGUAAAAGUGAUACAACUUAAUAUACAUAAAUCGGUUCAUAUAGUUAUAUAAAAAUUGAGAAUUUUAUGUAAUUCUAAUAUGCAUAAAUAGUAAAAGUAGUUAGUGGCAAUCUGUUAAAACGACUUAAAUUGAUGUUUAUCAUAUGUGUAGUAGAAUAAGUAGGAAAUGUUAUAUUAUUUUAUUAAAGUUUAAAAAUGUCUUUAAUUGAAAUGUUUAAAGCAUAAUAUAUGAAUUUAAGAAAUUUCCAUUAUAUGUGUGUAAUAUAAAUAUAAGUAAACAAAAUAAAACAAAGUUUUAUGUCGAUAAGUCUCUAAAUUAUGUCUAUAGUAUAUUAUCUUUAUAAUAGAUAUUUUAUCAGUAUACAAUCCUUGUUACAUGCAAGGGUUGUUUCUCACUAUAUCUCUAUAAAUUGACUAACAUAUAUUGACAUAGCAAAAAGUUUCAAGCGAUCGCAAAAACAUCAUUCCCGGGGAGAGGUAAAUUUAAUUGAAAGAUAGUGUUUAUUGUACAGAUAAACCAAAGUGAAAUCCAAAACGAAAGGGAAGCGAGCAGGUAGUAAGGCAAAAGGGUAAAAGUUGGUUAUAGUCUUAACUUUAUAGGAUAAUACUUGUUUUUUUAAAUCAAUAAUGUUAUUAUAUUGUAUAAGGUUGCUAACUGUAAACGGGUACAACCGAUGAAAGCCAUUCUUAUCAUUAUUUUCCCUAGCUCAUCUAAUAUAAUGUACGAGGUUGCUUUCUUUUUAGUAGAUUCGAAUAUAUUCCAUUCAACAAAUUCUGUCCCAUAAACGUCGUAUAUCCAACUAAACAACGACAAAUGUUUUUGUUGUGAAAUUGAAAGUUUAUGUAAUUGUAAGUUAUAUGUUAUAUAACAUAGAUAAAAAAUUUGGUUAUUGUUGCUAUCUUGCUGCUAAGAAUAGCAUAUAUUUUUAAGCAAAAAGAUUCUAAAGGGAUAAUAAUGAAUUAACUAUUCAAGUUUUUGUUAUGCCACGCAUUAGAUGAUAAAGUCGCUUUUCUUUUGAGAAACAUUCAUAAUCUUUAUGGACCUAAUAAAACUGGAGAAGUGUAUGGCCUACUACUUAUACGAGAGUUUGAGGUAUAUGUGGUAGCUAGCGCAAACUGGUUUAUUCCGGUUACCAUGUAUAUUACACGUCUCCAAUCUGUAAAUGCUCAACCCACCAUUUUAAGUAAAAUCGAUGAGUAUUAGAAAUACAAAGCCAUAAUUAAUAAUAAUUUGCACCGUUGAAUUGGAGUUUUCGUUAUAGUUUAUUCGAAUUAACGGUUGAACUUUGUAAUUUUUUAAAAUUCUUUUGUUAUUUUGUUUUUUUUUUUUUUCUAUUAAAUACUGAUAUCAAAUCGAGAUUAGGCUUACCCUAAAUUCGGCCUCGUUGCCAUAACAUAGAAAUCUAAACCUUAGCAAUUCUAAACACUGUGUUUAUACUUAUAAAUUUAUUGAAAAUCUAGUAUAGCUUAUGGAACCCAGGACUUCGAGAUCUGCAGUCUGAUGACCAACGACGGAGUUAUUUAUUUAUAAAUAAAUAUUUAUGUGUAUAUUCUGUACCUAUUGAUGUAAUAAAUUACUUCUUAUUUUCCAA